GAAAAGCAGAAGAAGUAGAAAGAAUUAAUAAAGAAAAUCUUAGAUUAAAAGCUGAGCUUGACAAAUUAAAUGAGAGAAUAAAAUCUAAUCAGUUUGGAGCAGCAGUAGAGAAUCUACAGGCCUGUGUUGAGCUAAAAAGGCUGAUGCUGAGCAAAGAUAGAGAUGGAUAUCAGAAACUCCUGGAAGAGCACAACCUAUUGAAAAAACAAAAUAAAAGCUUGAAGAAUGAAAUGGGUCACCUGCAAUGGCAUGGGCAUUCUAAAACUACUCAUCAGUGUUCUUUUUAUAGUCCAAUCACUGUUAGUGCACAAGAUAAAACUAUAAGUAGUGUAUCUGAGCAUGGGGAAGAUACUGAAGGUGUUCAAUUGGUUCUCAGGCUCCACCAGAAGGUAAACGAAAUGGAAAAAGAAAGAAUCGAGUUGCAGAAACAAGUGGAAGAGAGCAGUACAAUCAGCUGCAACUUGAAGUUGACAGAUGGCGAGAGGAAUGCAUUCAGUUACACAGUUCUUCAAGAAAAACUAGAUUUAGCUAACGAGGAACUUUCACAAUGCAAGAACAGCUUAAAAUUGCAAACUGAAGUGCUGAAGGAUGCAGGGUUGUUUUCCAGCAAAUUAGAUAACAAUGCUGAAACAGCUGAAAACUCAAUAGAGGAAAUGCUAGUGAAGAGGCAAGGUCAAAGGAAUAACAGAAGAGGGAUAAGAAAGAAGGAAAGACAUUACCAAGGAAUUUUUGAGUUUCACAAAGAGGAUAUUAGACAUAUUGUUAGGCAUGUGAUAUUUGCAACUAUCUACACCAUCGAAAAAGUUACUAAGAAAGGCCAUGAUGAUAUUGAUAUAAUGGUUUUGUGGCUUUCAAAUACUGUGAGACAUCUGCAUAAUCUGAAACAGUAUAGUGGAGACAAAACAUUCCAAACUGAAAACACAUCACUACAGAAUGAACAGUGUCUACAGAAUUUUGAUCUCACUGAAUACAGAGAAGUUCUUUCAGAUACAGCUGUAGAAAUCUACCAGAGUCUUGCUGGGCACAUACAAGAAAAGAUACAGCCACUGGUGGUGCCAGCUAUUCUUGAACAUGAAGAAAUAAGUGGCUUGACAAGUCAGAUAGCUAGUGGAAAGAGAGGAAGAGCUGUGUUGUCAUCAUGGGAUUCUGAGCCAUUUUUGGGUGUACAGAAGUCAUUGGAUGCACUCUUGCAGGAACUAAAUUAUAUCUAUAAAGUUAUGGGGAACCAUGGUGUUGACCCAGAACUUACUGUCCAGAUAUUUCAGCAGGUAUUCUACUUCAUCUGUGCCAUUUCAAUGAAUAAUCUACUGCUCCGAAAGGAUUUGUGUCAUUGGAGUAAAGGAAUGCAGAUAAGAUAUAAUCUAUCACAUCUUGAACAGUGGUGUCGUGACAUGAGACUACAGAUAAUCAAAAUACUCAAUCUGUAUACAACCAUUGAUGAAUCUGAAGAAUGUGUUCCUGUCAGCUUUAUUUGUAGAAUACAGGCCAAGCUCCUGGAAAGAAGUGAACCUCAGAAACAGGCCACAUUGCUGAUGGACACAAAAUUCAUGUUCCCAGUAAGAUUUCCUUUUAAUCCAUCAAAAAUCAAGCUUGAAGAUAUAGAAGUACCAGAGGUGUUGAACCUACCAAUGCUGAAGAAAGUUUCAACUUGUGAGAGUAGUGUUCAUCAGGAAAACAGAAAUGUGCCCUACUACAAGGUUUACGUAGAUUUCCUUCUGGAGAUCUGAGUUCUGAAGUAAUAAAUG